CCUCAUGUUUCUCCACGCAGAGGCCUUGUUGGCGUGGACAGUGUGGAUCCGCUUUGUGAAGAGCUGCUGCAUCUUCUAGGGACAGUUAUACAGUGGGCCACCUCGGACAUGGGGAGGAAACAGGACCUGGACUUGAUGGCUGAUGGCGAGGAGCACGAAAUCCAGCCAAGUAAAUUCAGGCCGCUGCAAAGUCUCCGAGACACCUUGAACUGCCUUCGGUUCACCCGAGGAGGCCAUUGGCGGAGAGGCGUCACGUGACCACGGGGUGCCAAUGUUAUUCUACAAGGGUGUCAAGACCCUGUCAGUUUCUGAAAUAAAUAUUGGGAAACGGCGAGAUGCAAAAGGCAACCUACUACGACAGCUCCGCAAUUUACAGUGGCUACCCAUAUCAAAGCGCAAAUGGCUUCAGUUAUGAUGCCAAUCAGGUCCAAUAUCCCCGGGCCUCUCAUGUGGAAAGUGAGUACCAUCGACCUGCCUGCUCCCUGCAGUCUGCUGACGGCUCCGUGGCUCUGCAGAAGCCGGGGGAGAUGGCAGAGAGCUGCGACAGGACCACAGCCAUUCAGGCAGCGCAGUCUAAGGUUCAUCCCGAAAGCAAUGAACCACAGGUGCCCGUGUCAGGCCCACCUCCUCCCUCACAAUCCCCUGGUGCUAUCAGCCAAAACACAAGCAACGGGUCCAACCAGCCCAGUGCCAAGAACGGCUCCCCGACCUCUACUCCUCGCAAACAGAUCUUCCCCUGGAUGAAGGAAUCCCGCCAGAACACGAAGCAGAAACCCAACAGUAGCUCCAGUUCAGUGGAGAGUUGCCCCGGAGACAAGAGCCCUCCAGGGUCAGCAGCUUCGAAGAGGGCCCGGACAGCUUACACCAGCGCCCAGCUAGUGGAGCUGGAGAAGGAGUUCCACUUUAACCGGUACCUGUGCAGACCCCGGAGGGUGGAGAUGGCCAACCUGCUCAACCUCACUGAGAGACAGAUCAAAAUCUGGUUCCAGAACCGAAGAAUGAAAUACAAGAAGGAUCAGAAAGGUGUCGGAAUGAUGCCUUCUCCUGGCGGGCAGUCCCCUCGGAGUCCCGUGGGCCCGGUCUCCGGUGGUGCUGGUGGUGGCGGUGGUGUAGGAUACCUCAACUCUAUGCAUUCUCGAGUAAACAAUGUACCUUAUGAAUCCCAGUCGCCAACGUCUUACAAUAAACCUCAUCAAAAUGCAUACGCUAUGGCCACGGCAUACCCCCCUCCUUUGAACAGCUCCCUCAACAACUGCCCGCCCUCCCAGAAGAGGUAUCCCGGGACCGACUCGGCCACGCCCGAGUAUGACGCGCAUCCUCUCCAAGGCAAUGGCAACUACGGGGCUCACAUGCAGGGCAGCCCCGUUUAUGUCGGCGGAGGUUACAUCGACACAAUGCCCAAUUCUGGGACCUCCGUUUUCGGUCUAACCCACCUCACGCACCCGCCGUCCGCAAACAUGGACUACAAUGGAGCAAUCACAAUGGGCAGCAGUCAGCAUCAUGGAGUGUGUGAUCCGACACCGACGUACACAGACCUUACGUCGCACUACUCUCAGGGAAGAAUCCAGGAAGCGCCCAAACUGACGCAUCUGUAGCGGUGGCGCUGCGCGGAUCACUCCGCCCAUUGUCUAAUCCACCUCCAGACACAUCACUGCUUUGUUUCCGCGCCUACUCACGGCUUCCACCUUCUCUCAGCUUUUGUUUAUGUUUUCUAUAGUUUGAUGUGUGAAGUAGUGUAGGAUAAAUAAUUACGACUUGCUUGAAUUUUUCUCUAUUUGCUCGUGUCAUU